CUAGAAACAGUGCCAGGAUUCCUGAGAUGCUCUGCCCAAAGGGAGGAAGCAGGAUUUCUAGAGUCCUCUCCUCCCUGGAGCUGUGGGAGAGUGGGUUUGGGGCCAGAGUAGGGGGGGAUGAUAGCAGGCUCAUUCAUUUAGGCUGAGCCCAGAAACUUUUCUAUGGCCCCAGUUAUUCCAAUUUACACACUAUCUUCUUCCCCCAUGCUUUUGGGCAAGGGGUCACCUUGGAGGGCAACCGCAAAGCAGGAGGGGCCUCUGGCCUCCUGCAGCUCUAGCGGCACCAAGGCCAAAAAGCCCUUUCCAAUGCGACGUGGGAGCUCUGGGAGGCAGCCUUGCGCACGACUGGGUCUCCUGGCUGCGCAGCUAGAGCCCGGAGCCUAACCCUGCCGGGAGCUGGGAGGGACCGCCUGCGCCCAGGAACCCCUCGACUGCUCUCGCGGCAGUUGGGAGCUGAUGUCACCAUCGCCCCAAGCACCACGGGCGGGAGCGUGCUUGCGAGUCCCCGGAACCAGCGCGUUGCCUGCGUUGGUGCCACAAGCGCAAUGGACAGGGCUAGGGAAGGAUCCGACACAGAGUUGCAGAGAAAGCUAGACCAUGAGAUCCGGAUGAGGGAAGGGGCCUGCAAGCUGCUGGCGGCCUGCUCCCAGCGAGAACAAGCUUUGGAGGCCACCAAGAGCCUGUUGGUGUGCAACAGUCGCAUCCUCAGCUACAUGGGUGAGCUGCAGCGGCGUAAGGAGGCGCAGGUGCUGGGCAAGACAGGCCGGAGGCCUUCUGACAGCGGGCCGCCUGCUGAGCGCUCCCCCUGCCGUGGCCGGGUCUGCAUCUCUGACCUCCGGAUUCCACUCAUGUGGAAGGACACAGAAUAUUUCAAGAACAAAGGUGACCUGCACCGCUGGGCUGUGUUCCUGCUGCUGCAGCUAGGGGAACACAUUCAGGACACAGAGAUGAUCCUGGUGGACAGGACCCUCACAGACAUCUCCUUUCAGAGCAACGUGCUCUUCACCGAGGCAGGGCCAGACUUUGAACUGCGACUGGAGCUGUAUGGGGCCAGCGUGGAAGAGGAGGGGGCCCUGGCUGGAGCCCCCAAGAGGCUUGCCACCAAACUCAGCAGCUCCCUAGGCCGCUCCUCAGGGAGGCGUGUCCGGGCAUCGCUGGAGAGUGCUGGGGGUUCGGGGAGCAGUCCCAUUUUGCUUCCGACCCCAGCUGUGGGGGGUCCUCGUUAUCACCUCCUGGCUCACACCAUGCUCACCCUGGCAGCAGUGCAAGAUGGGUUCCGCACACACGACCUCACCCUCACCAGCCAUGAGGAGAACCCCGCCUGGCUUCCCCUUUAUGGUAGCGUGUGUUGCCGCCUGGUGGCUCAGCCUCUUUGUAUGACUCAGCCUACCGCAAGUGGUACCCUCAGGGUGCAGCAAGCUGGGGAGCUGCAGGACUGGGCACGAGUGCAUGGAGUCCUGAAAGGCACAAACCUCUUCUGUUACCGGCAACCUGAAGACGCAGACGCUGGGGAAGAACCGUUGUUUACUAUCGCCAUCAACAAGGAGACUCGAGUCCGGGCAGGGGAGCUGGACCACGCUGCGGGCCGGCCCUUCACCCUGAGCAUCAGUAACCGGUAUGGGGAGGACGAGGUGACACACACCCUUCAGACAGAGAGUCGAGGAGCCCUGCACAGCUGGAUGGAGGCUCUGUGGCAGCUUUUCUUUGACAUGAGCCAAUGGAAGCAGUGCUGUGAUGAAAUCAUGAAAAUUGAAACCCCUGCUCCCCGGAAACCACCCCAAGUACUGGCCAAGCAGGGGUCCUUGUACCAUGAGAUGGCUAUUGAGCCGCUGGAUGACAUCGCAGCGGUGACAGACAUCCUGGCCCAGCGGGAGGGCACAAGGCUGGAGACACCCCCACCCUGGCUAGCAAUGUUUACAGAACAGCCUGCCCUGCCUACCCCCUGCUCACCUGCCUCAGUGGCCCCAGCCCCAGCUCGGACCCACCCCAUGCCCUGGGGGCGACCCCGAACAUUCUCCCUGGAUGCUGUCCCCCCAGACCACUCCCCUGGGGCUUCCCGCUCGGUUGCCCCUCUCCCCCAGCAGCCAUCCCCACGGUCCAGAGGCCUCUUCAGCAAAGGCCCGUCCCGCACUUGGCUCCAGUCACCAGUGUGAGAGAGAAAGGUGCUGGCAACAGGAUCUGGCCAGAGGAAGAGAAGACCCAUGUGCAGUCGGGCUCUGGAUGCGGUGCUGUCAGUAGAAGGUUGGCCAGCUUGGCCUCACCU